CGGAAAAUGGUGAUGCAUUGCAUUCUCAGAGCCUUUGUUGUGCCGCACGCCCACGCGCGUCCCUCUACCUUUGGAAAUCAAGCAUCGUUCGCGCCUCGUGUCCACCUCUAGAUACGAUUUCCUGUCGUAUUCGAUCGAACCAGCGCGUCCCCCGCUCGUGUUCCAAGAUAAAAGUGGAAGCUGCAAGAACGCUUAGAGGAAUCUUUCGAUCGUGCCCACAUUCCGUGUAGUUGCAUCCUCCUUCCAUUCUUCGCGAUACAGUGCACUGACCCUACGCGCGUUGUGGCGUUGUCUUCGAAACUUUGAACGAGAAGAGACUAAACUUUCCUUCGUGAGAUCGAAGAAAUUUUUUUUCUUGUUAGACUUGUGCCAGUCGACAGUGGUGUAUUCCAGUGUGGAUAGACUCUCCCGUAGGAGCCAUGAGUUAUCAAAUGUCUUCGAAUCAAUCCAGACCAAUGUCUCACGGUAACUAUCAAGGUUUGGGUGAUCUACCCAUGGGUUCUGCCAAAGAACAGACAUUGAUGUGGCAGCAGAAUUCUUACAUGGGUGAUUCUGGAAUACAUUCUGGCGCUGUCACUCAAGCGCCGUCUUUAUCCGGCAAAGAGGAUGAUGAGAUGGAGGGCGAUCAGUUGAUGUUUGAUUUGGAUCAAGGUUUCGCACAGGGUUUCACUCAGGAUCAGGUCGAUGAAAUGAAUCAGCAAUUGAAUCAUACGAGAUCUCAACGUGUUCGUGCAGCAAUGUUUCCAGAAACACUGGAGGAAGGUAUAGAAAUUCCUUCUACGCAAUACGAUCCAGCACAACCUACUGCUGUUCAAAGAUUGGCAGAACCGAGUCAAAUGUUGAAGCACGCAGUUGUGAAUUUGAUAAACUAUCAAGAUGAUGCAGAUCUUGCAACACGCGCAAUACCUGAAUUAAUAAAAUUGUUAAACGACGAGGACCAAGUUGUUGUGUCUAAGGCAGCGAUGGUAGUUCAUCAACUUUCGAAAAAGGAAGCAUCACGUCACGCCAUUAUGAACAGUUCACAAAUGGUAGCUGCUUUAGUUCGUGCCAUUUCGAAUAGCGACGAUCUCGAAUCGACAAAGGCUGCAGUCGGUACAUUGCACAAUUUGUCUCACCACAGACAAGGCCUUUUGGCUAUUUUCAAAAGCGGCGGUAUACCUGCCCUCGUGAAGCUUUUAAGUUCUCCAAUGGAAUCUGUUUUAUUCUACGCAAUCACGACCCUUCAUAAUUUGCUUUUACAUCAAGAUGGUUCUAAGAUGGCUGUACGUCUUGCCGGAGGACUGCAAAAGAUGGUUGCCCUACUUCAGCGAGACAAUGUGAAAUUUUUAGCUAUAGUAACCGAUUGCUUACAAAUUCUUGCAUACGGCAAUCAAGAGAGCAAAUUAAUCAUAUUAGCUUCUCAAGGGCCGAUAGAGCUGGUACGCAUUAUGCGUUCAUACGAUUACGAGAAGCUUCUAUGGACGACUUCGAGAGCCUUGAAAGUGUUGUCCGUUUGUCUUAGUAAUAAACCGGUGAUAGUCGAAGCUGGUGGUAUGCAAGCACUUGCGAUGCAUCUUGGUAAUCCAAGCCAGAGACUCGUCCAGAAUUGUUUGUGGACGUUACGAAAUUUAUCGGACGCUGGCACCAAAGUCGACGGAUUGGAGGGUUUGUUACAGAGUCUUGUACAAGUUCUUAGCUCUACCGACGUAAAUGUCGUUACAUGUGCAGCUGGUAUAUUGUCGAAUUUGACUUGCAAUAAUCAACGUAACAAAGUAACCGUAUGUCAAGUAGGAGGUGUGGACGCUCUUGUACGUACGAUCAUUUACGCGGAUAGUCGGGAAGAGAUAAGCGAGCCGGCAGUAUGCGCGCUUCGUCAUUUAACGUCGCGUCACGUGGAAGCAGAAAUGGCACAGAAUUCUGUCCGCCUAAAUUAUGGAAUUCAGGUCAUAGUAAAACUUUUGCACCCGCCUUCGCGUUGGCCAUUGGUUAAAGCGGUAAUAGGAUUAAUUCGCAACUUGGCACUCUGUCCUGCAAAUCACGGCCCACUUCGUGACCACGGCGCGAUUCAUCAUUUGGUCAGGCUUCUGAUGCGUGCUUUCCCCGAGACACAACGGCAGCAACGCUCAUCCGUGGCAAGCACUGGAAGUCAGCAAACAUCCGGGGCGUACGCGGAUGGCGGUGUACGAAUGGAAGAGAUAGUGGAAGGCACUGUAGGAGCGCUUCAUAUUCUCGCGAGGGAGUCACACAAUAGGAUGAUUAUCAGAUCUCAGAACGUGAUUCCGAUUUUCGUACAGUUACUGUUCAACGAGAUCGAGAACAUUCAACGCGUCGCAGCUGGCGUACUAUGCGAACUUGCUGCGGACAAAGAAGGUGCUGAAAUGAUCGAACAAGAAGGUGCUACUGCUCCUUUAACGGAGUUGCUUCACUCUAGGAACGAAGGCGUCGCGACUUACGCCGCAGCUGUGUUGUUCCGCAUGAGCGAAGAUAAACCACAAGAAUACAAGAAACGACUCUCCAUGGAACUCACGAAUUCUUUGUUGCGCGAGGAUACAAACGUUUGGAAUAACGCUGACUUUGGGAUGGGUCCAGAUCUACAGGACAUGCUUGGCCCUGAUCAAGGCUAUGAUGGUAUGUAUGGACAAGGACCCCCUAGUGUACACAGCAGCCACGGAGGUCGAGGGUAUCAACCGCAAGGUUAUGACCAGAUACCAGUAGAUUCGAUGCAAGGGUUGGAAAUAGGUGGAGGGUCGACAUAUGGCGCGAUGGACACUAUGGACGUAGCGCACGAGGGUGACCUGAGUUUCGAUCAUUUAGGAGAGCUUCCUGCACCGCCACAAGAUAAUAACCAGGUUGCAGCUUGGUACGACACCGAUCUCUGAAACUGUGCCAGCAUCGUAUCUCGCCAGAGAAACGGACCCGUGAGGCUCUUAAGUAAUUUCAAUACGGACUAGUAUUGAAAUUACUAGCUUUGAGACUAGUAUUGAAAUUACUAUUACUAGAAAUUACUCGUUUCGGGGUUAGCGGUAUAAAUAGGUAAUCGUUGUCGAUGAUUUAACAGUUUCGCAAAUUUCGGAGAAAAUUUACGAUACGACGAUGACCAGCAGUAGGGGGCAGUGUCGAGGAUGCGAUAACUAGCCCUUGACUCAUAGUCCAAAGAGACGCGGAUACUUGUGAGAUAACGUCUAUAAUAAUCGCGACACGUAAGAAAAUCUUAGAAUUAGACAUAUCGAUCUCUAUCGACAUCAUCUCGUCUCGUUACCGUCGACAUAACGAAACGGAAUUUAUUUUUCCACGAAAUAUGCAUAAAGAAUUCGCACGUCAACGCGAGUUCGCGUAUCGCGACGAUAGCUAACUGACAAUAAUAUUCCAUCUUAUAUCUCUACUCUUACAAGCGUGUUCGUGCAAAUGUACAAGUAGGAGCAUGAAAUUUCGAGACGCUAAAAAGCGUAGAUACCUUUGUCAGGAUUCCCAUGGUCGAACUUACUUCGAUCUCGUUCGAAACGGAAAAAGACACGACGACCGUUUUCUUACGCGUCGCGAAUGCAAUCGGUAUCGUCUGGCGCGGAUACGCGCUUCGUUACACCGCGAAUGGAACGAUCGUUAUCGUUUAUUCCACAUUGCCGAAUACCAUCCGAUAUUGCCAAUUAUCCGGGUAAUCGUCGCAUCGUAGAUUUCCAUGGAGACGUUGAAACUUGCCGAAUUGCAGAGAGCGAUUACCUAUUUAUACCGCUAACCCCGAAACGAUAGUAUCAUUCUCGAGUAUCAGUGAAUUACAAUCAAGUAUAAAUAUAAAUGAAUAUCAAUGAACUUUCGCAUUACGUAUUUUACAGGGUAGUUACAUUUAAUUUUUAUUAUUAUCAUUAACGUAGCUACGCAAUCGUGGCGGUACUUUGCUUCGUUCGAUGCUCUGUACGCGCCUCUGAUCGCUGUCGAUGUAUUAGACCUAAGUGAGAGACACGUAAUUCAUACACACCAUGUAUAUGUAUCAUUUAAUUGUCCAGACGAAUAAACUGAACGAUUAAGUACUCGAAUUGU